UAAUGGACCGCCUCCUUCCCUUUCCCCGGGGGGCCCUAUCUGGGUGAGUUCCGGAGUUUGUGACUCCUAAGUCCCCCCCAAAACCACGAGCGACGUCCCCUGUCUGUCACCGAGACCCGAAUCUCCAUCCCGCACCGCGGCCGCCGCAACCCACGCUCGAGAAGCAGGCGGGACCCUUUAUCCACCGGCGCGUGCCCGGGUGCGCGUCCGGCCCGCCGAGCUCGCGCCCCGCUUCACCUCCCAGCUCCCGUCCCAGCGGCACGUGCCGCGCCGCCGACUUCCCCUCAUCUUCCAGCCGAGCGGCCUCCAGACCCCGCGCCGUUGGAGCGACCCGGGCGAAGCCCGAGGGGAAACCGGGGGAGGACAGGGCGGUCCUGUGCGCUCGGGUAGGCGGAGUGGCAGAAUCACCAGAGACCGCCAGACAGCUCGCUGCAUUCCCACUCCCGCUCGAGCUCUGCACCCGGACCGGUGGAUCUGGCCCGGGAACCCGCGCCAUACCGGGGAGGACUGGACACAAACGAGCUAGUGAACAUGGCCACACCGUUCCUACCCGCGGGGGCCACCACGGGCGACAGCGGUGGGGAACUGAGCUCCGGGGACGACUCCGGUGAUAUGGAAUCCUUCCAGACCCCCGAGGCCGAGGGGACCCGGAGCUUGGCCGAGCUGUUUGAGAAGGCUGCCGCACACGUCCAAGGCCUGGUUCAGGUAGCCAGCCGGGAGCAGCUUCUGUACCUGUAUGCCAGGUACAAGCAGGUCAAAGUUGGAAAUUGCAAUACGCCUAAACCAAACUUCUUUGAUUUUGAAGGAAAGCAAAAAUGGGAGGCAUGGAAAGCCCUCGGUGACUCAAGCCCUAGCCAAGCAAUGCAGGAAUAUAUCGCGGCAGUUAAAAAACUAGAUCCAGGAUGGAAUCCUCAGGUAUCAGAGAAGAAGGGAAAAGAUGGCAGUAGUGGUUUCGGUGGUCCGGUUGUUAGUUCUCUAUAUCAUGAAGAAACAAUCAGGGAAGAAGACAAAAACAUAUUUGAUUACUGCAGGGAAAACAACAUUGACCAUAUAGCCAAAGCCAUCAAAUCGAAAUCUGCGGAUGUGAAUAUGACAGAUGAAGAGGGCAGAGCUCUGCUCCACUGGGCAUGUGACCGAGGACAUAAGGAAUUGGUGAAAGUCUUGCUACAGUAUGAAGCUGGCAUUAACUGUCAGGACAACGAAGGUCAGACAGCUCUUCAUUAUGCCGCUGCCUGCGAGUUUUUGGACAUCGUGGAACUGCUGCUCCAGUCUGGCGCUGACCCCACACUCCGAGACCAAGACGGCUGCUUGCCAGAAGAGGUGACGGGCUGCAAAGCGGUCUCUCUGCUGCUGCAGCGGCACAGAGCUAGCAAGGCUUGAUCCAAAGCCUGAAGAAGCACAGUUUGGCAGACUAGGACUUCCGGGAUAAAAGAAACUGCAAAAAUAAUACUUCUUUUACCGCCCAUCUUUGGUAUGCAUUGGCUAAUAAAAUCAGUUCGAGGAACUGGGAUUUCGACGU